CACAGUACAAAAAAGAAAAUGGUAGAAAAUAAUCGCUCCAAAGUACAGCAACAUAAACAAAGCCCUUUAGGUAAAAAGCCUUUGGAAACAUUCAUUGGAAGCACUAUCAGACUCAAGACUGCAUUUGAUGAAGAAGUUGAGGGUUUAAUCUAUACUUGUGAUCGCAUCACUAAUUGCAUUGUGAUUGAUUGCUCACAUAAAGACAAUAAGACUUCCAAUCGCAAGAAUUGUAAUUUCCGUAUUAUCAAGAUAUCCCAUAUAAAAGAAAUUUUAUUUUUGACAGCAACAACAAAUGGAGUUAAAGAUUACAUGCCUAUUAAUCAAAUAUAUAUUGAUCGUUUAAAGCAACGUGAAUCCGAAGUAAUGAAAGGGGUUAAGAAUGAGGUAUCCAAAAUUGGUAUUGGAGUAACAAAAGAAGGACAAGAUAUAUUUAAUGCAUUAAGUAAAACUUUACCAUGUCGAUGGUCAAAGGAUACGAUUAUUGUAAUGGAUGAAAUAUUAAUUACCCCACCUUAUGGAGUUAAUGACUGUAAAGCAAAUGCAAGUUCAUCUGCUUUACUUGCAAGAAUUAAAAAAGUGCUUGAAGGGGAACGAAAAAGACUUGCAAAAUAAACAAUGUGUAAAAAAAAAAAAAAAACAAAAA